UUAGACGACAAGGAAUGAAAUCACGGAACAGAAUAGUAUAGCGAGAGGGUGAAGAUAAAUGACAACGCCUUGUUGGUUUAUGGCUGAACAUACAGCUGACAGCACUACGUAGCCCAGGCAGCACAGCCAUAUUCGAGACAUCACUGCACAGCUAAAGAAGGCUGACGCUCUAGUGUCGCACUGACAUCACUGUAACCUUAGUUUAUUAACCAUAAAAAGAAACGAAACAAGGAAGUUUGGUGUAAUAUUACUUUGCUUUCGGUUUCGGAUUUUGAGAAUUGCUGAUUUCAGAGUUCCUGCUUUCAGUUCUGUGAGAAUGGACUCUACUUCAAUGUCUGUCAUAAAGGAUUGGGGCCCCCCUUUAGAAUGUCCCCCCACCUCACUUGAAGCUCCAGAGAAUUGCAGUUACUCACAGGUUGUGUUCAAUAAAAUGCAGACAACCUACCAGCCUGGCACUGACAUAGUUUGCUACUUUAUCUAUAGCAAAAACUUCCAAAGUGCCAAAAAAGACUGGGUUGGGAUCUUUAAGGUGGGCUGGAAAACUACAAGAGAAUGGUACACCUGGGUUUCAGCACAGAACAAGAACGACAGCUUAGAGAAGCAGGUGACAUUUCAAGCAUACUAUCUGCCAAAGGAUGAUGACUAUUACCAGUUCUGCUACGUAGAUGAAAAUGGAGUGCUACGUGGUGCCAGCAUCUCCUUCCAGUUCUGCCAUGGGGUUGAGAAAGAGGAGGAAAUUCUGCUUGUGACAACAGAGGAAGAAGCAUUAAAAACAAAGGAACAGCAAAUAAAGUCACAGGAAAUUAUUCUCGAGCAACAGAGAAAGUUGUCAGCACAGGAAAAGGACAGUCGUGCCCUACAGGAAGAGGUGUCUUCACUUAAACAGGACAAGCUGUGUCAGACCAAGCAGAUAGAAUCACUACAGGGAGACCUUUCUAUCUCUUCUAAGAAGAUGGAGGAACUGGAGCAGCAGCUGAAGGUGCAAAUGGAUUUGCAAAGAAAUAUGAAUGAGAAUUUGGAAUUGAAGGUGAAAUCCCUUGAAGAGGUGAACAGUUCAUUGGUGGCCAAGUUAGAUAAGUGUGAGAAAGAAAAGGAAACAUUCUGUUUGAAAAUGAAGGAGCUGAACCUGGCACUUAAGACAACCUCUGAUGAAAGGGAUAAUAUGAAGAUGGAACUGAGGAAGAUGGAGAGUUUGUCUGAGCAGCUACAGGGUCAGAAAGAGGAGAACAAAAAAGUCCAGAAAUUGCAAAAUACCCAGAGGGAGCGCUUUCAGGAGCUGGAGCAUAGGCUUAAAGAGAUGUAUGUGGAGAUGGAAGCAGCUCAAGGCAAGGGGCAUACACUGACUCACCAGCUGAAGGGCAAAGAGAGAGAAAAUACAAUCUUGCUACAGAAACUGGAGGAAAUCAAAUGCACUGUUAUGCAGCGAGAUUUGGAGCUUGCUGACCUGAAGAGAGAAAAGACAGAUCUGCUACAGGAACUGGAUGAGGUAAAAUGCACUAUUAGACUGCGAGAUAUGGAUAUUGAAGACCUGAGAGAAGCACAUAAGAGAGUAAAGGUGGAGACUGAAGAGCUUAGAAAAUUUCGUUAUGAUCAGGGCCCUUUUGAGGCUGCUCAUCUAUUUUAUGGAAAUCCAUAUGAUCCAUAUCCCACCAGUACAGAGAUGAAUACAUUAAAAUGCCCGCAUUGUGAACAACUGUUUUUGGAGAGAGACAGACAAGUGUUCCAGGAUCAUGUCAUAUGCCAUGAAUAUGAUGAAUAGUAUGUACCUGCUCUGACUUCAGCCUGUCUGCUUCUUGGGCCAAAAUCCUCUCCAUUUCUACAGCAUUUUAAAUGUACGGCAUCUGGAUAAUACAAAGUACUCAGCUAUAAAACCUUUUAUUAGCUAUAAUGAUUAAAAUAGUUUUAAUUUUAGUUUAAAACAACAAAGUAUUCUGUGUAAUGAAUUGUCCAAAUCCAGUCUGAUCACAACUUUAAUUUAAUUGGUUCUCAAAGUUUUUUGUUUUUUUAUCGUCUUUUUUUUUUUUUAUAGGGUGUUGGAAAACUGCAGGUGACAUGAGCAUACAUAUAAUAAUAUUCAAAAAUAAUCACCAUUCACAGUAAACCUAAUCCUGAAAAUUUGGAGGAUCAAUACUAUAAUAUUGCAAAGUGUAGUAAAUGUUCCUCUUGUCUCUAAAUCAGGCUAUGCUGCAGUUUGUUAGCUAUUCUAUAAUUAGAUAUUUAAGAUUACUAUGCUUCCCCACCUUGCCAAAUCCUUUAAUAUUGUUAUAUAAUUUGCAUAUCCAAUGAGAAUUGUUUACAUUUAUUAAAAUACUAUAAAUAAAUAUUGUUUUCAGAUCAGCA